GUUUCGAGUGGCUGUAAUAAAAGUUAUUCCUUUCAGUAGUUAAACAAUUUAUCUUCGUUUGUUUUAGUUGAUCUUAAAUGUGGUGAAAGGUUCGAAUCUUCCAAAAUGGGUUCUGAGGAUAAUGUCAAGAACUUUGAGAAGAUUGCAGUAGACCCACUGGAACCUCUUGUUCUUCGUCCACCUGUUGGGUCGGAAGUUUAUGGAUCACCUCCAUCAAGACGUACUAGUCGUAGCCGUCCUUUCAUAUUGGGUUCAUUAUUCGUCUUGUUCACAUUGUUAAUGAUUGCUAGUGUAUUUCUGCUGCUAUACAUCCUUGGUUAUAGACCGUUAACUUCACUUAAUCAUAAAGCAAACGCACACAGAUCAAUUUGUCGCAUUCGUAUUCCAUUUUUAAAAAUAGAUCCUGUAGAAUCUAUUACGACAGAUGAUAAUUUCCUCAAUGUUACACUAUCUGAAGUACCUUACUACAAUGUGAUUCGUAUUUUGCAUCUGUUCUCUGAGGGCUUGACAGUGAUUAGAACAAAUAAGCAUUGCUACAUUAGACCGUUGAGAGCUGAAUUAAGAGGAUCUGGAAUUGAAGAUUAUCUGCGUCGACUAAAUGAUGGAAAUGACUUAAAGGAUUCGGUGGAAGGUUAUCCUGUUACAGAGCCUUGGUAUAUAGAUAGAGAUCCAUAUAAUACUAUUCAUAAUUCAUUGAUUAUGUCAUGGUGUGCUGGUGUACCAGCCUUUCGUCUAGUCUCAACAAGACCUCCAAUAAGUGAAUAUAAAGGAGAUAUAAUGCCUGCUAUGCCAGAUGAAUCAAUGAAACCGGGCAAUCCAGAUCCAUUCGUAGGUGAUUAUGAUAACAGUGAUCAGGCAGAUAUUCUGCGUAUCCUUCUACCUGAUCGUGAAAAUAUUCGCCGAGUGCGUAGUGUGGACUUGACCUCAGAGAUGCCAGAUAAAUCAAGAAAAUUAACGAAAUCAGCAUGUGACAAAAUGAAGUUUUCACCUUCGGCAAUUCCUAGUUAUAAGCACUCGAGAUUCUUUUCAUGUACAUGGAAUCCAAUGAGAACUCGAUAGAUCGAGUGACUAAUACAACACUUCGGUAAUAAUCUUCAAUAUGAUGGAAGACAGGAGAAAGUGAUAAGGUCAGGAAAACUUAGAGGAACAAGCUUGAACUAGAAUAACUCUCGAUAUUUAUUUGCAAGACGUGACCUUAUGACAAGUAAAACUAGUAAACUAGAAGUCAGCAACCCAUCAAAUAACAACGAAGAUCAUCAGGAAAUCAUAUGGUUUAUUUCGGUUGUGUCGUGUGAUUUCAUGGAUUCUGUAUCUGUUUCUCGUUUUGUUUAUUACCAUUUUAGACAGUUCCAAAUGUGAAAUUGUAGAUGUUCUUCUAGAAGAUGCCACAAUCACAUCAACACGUGAUAAUCAUCCUGUGUCAGUACUACGUGAUGUAAUCAUGUCUUGUUCUUAAAUUCUAAUCAAGACAAAGAAGUCAUGCUCUAAGUUUUGGAAAUCAAUCUGCUUAUUACAUUUUGUUUUUGUUCUCUCUUCGUAUAACAUGAAUUGCUUAUCUUUUUGAUUUGGAAACUUACUCAUUUCAUGACAUUGACAUGAACACAGUUGAUUUUGAUUACUGAACUAUUGUAAUCAAUCAUGAAUUGCAUUUCUACUGGCGAUAAUAAUACUAAUAAUAAUGAUUGAUUUCUUGAAUACAUUAUUGGAUUGAUCAUUUAUUGUUUGUCGUUUAUAUUCGUAUAAUAAUAAUAAUCAUAUAUUCAUUAGUAACAUUAUUAUUGUUGUUUUUCUCGAUUAUACUACUUAUAUUGUUAUAAUAGUAGACAUACAUACCUACAUAUGAACAUUUGCAUUUCUAAUCAUUAUUAUUAUUAUUAUUAUCAUUUCUUUAAUGGUAUUUUUUAAUAAUCAUUCAUAUAUACACCUAAUCAUGGUAGUAAACAACGACGACGAUGAUGAUGAUUGUAUGUUUUAUUAAUAAAGCAUAAAUAAGAAUUCAAUUCAUAAUUGUGUAAUAAUUAACAUUCAAUAUAACAUUAUUCAUAGUAUAAUUAU